CAUCUCCAUUUGAUGCUGAUGUCGAGAAAGUGACGGAUGAAAAGCAAACAUCUGAAGACUGGGCAGCUAUCAUGAACUUUUGCGAUAAAGUAGGUGAUUCUGAGCAAAAUGCAAGAGAUAGUCUCCGGUCAAUAUUGAAGAGAUUAAAUCAUGAAGAUCCUCACGUUCAGUUACUGGCCAUUACUCUUCUGGAUGCUUGUGUAAAUAACUGCGGAAAGUACUUUCGUUUGGUGGUAGCAUCAAGGGAUUUCACUCAAGACUAUCGUAAAUUACUCAGCAAAGUCCAAGAGCCAAAAGUUAACGAAAAGUUGAAAAUGCUGCUGAAAAAGUGGGCGGACGAAGACUUCAAAAAAGAUGACCAACUUGCUUUAAUUCCAGCUCUCUACAAAGACCUUGUGAAAGAAGGAGUUGUAUUUCCGCAGCCAGAAUUAAAUCAGUCCAAAGGAGAGAGUCGAGAAGAGAUAGAGGAAAUCAAUGAUCUCAGUAAAGCCAUUGAAUUGAGUUUGUUAGAGAGCACCAGCCCGUCAAAAUCAACUGGUGCCAAUAGCAAUUCCUUGUAUCCUUCAACAAAAUUACACUCAACUUCACAAGACUGUCGGAAAGUGAGAGCUCUGUAUGACUUUGAGGCGGCAGAAGAUAAUGAACUAACUUUUAAGGCUGGUGAAAUUAUUUUUGUUCUUGAUGAUUCGGAUCCGAAUUGGUGGAAAGGGUACAACCAGAAUGGAGAAGGUCUUUUUCCAUCUAAUUUUGUUUCUACUGAAACCGCUGCUGAAUCUGAACCAUCCAAAAUGGAGUCAUCAAAACAAAAAGUCUCAUUUGAUGAAACUGUAAGAGUUGUGAAACUACGAGCACUUGUUGAAAUUAAUGAAGCUAAAAUUGACAGGUUACUUCACAUUUUACAUGAAGCUGAUCCCUGUAGUGAGACGUCUGAUUCGGAAGAAAUCCUUUGUUUAGAAGAGGAAGUAAAUGCAAUGGGGCCACUAAUAGAUGCUGAGCUUGAAAAAGUUGAUCGGAAGCAUGCGGAACUGACAAAGCUGAGUCAACAGUUGGUUGAUGCUUUGAACCUGUAUCACAUGAUGAUGCGUGAUCCGAUGAUGCCUUCAGUAUCAAAACCUGUUGAGGGCCUUGCACCACCUUAUUUCAAUAGAAUGCCUAACAUGCCUUCAAAUGCACAGUUCUUGUCCCUCUCACAUCAACAUCCGCAACAGCAUUCUCAGCCUCUGCAUCGUCAUUCUCUCCCACAUCUGCACACACAUCCUCAUUCCCAUCCGCCUCCCCACUUGCAUCCUCCUAAUGCUCACCUACAACCCCAUUUCCCCCUAAUGCCAGGCUCCCCGCAAGGCCCUCAAUCCCGCCCUCCUCAACAAUAUAACGGCCCGUUUCCACCUCGGAGCUUGCCAAAUUACAUUGGUGGAUAUCAACCUCCACAUUUUAACUAUGCACUCUCACAGCAUUUAAAUCAGCAACAGCCCUUGUCCCCCAGUUCAGGGAUGCCAGCUCAAAUGACACCUGUCUCCACGCCCUAUCCUACUCCACUUUGUCAGCCUGUUAGUAAAUUAAAACCAGAGUUCAAUCAGCAGUAGCCAGCUUCAAUCAAUCAUAUUUGUUAAUUUACUUUAUUGUUAUUUUCUUUGAGUUAAUGUUUCCAUAUUUUAUUCGUUUUAUCUUAAUCA